GCCUCCACCCCAAUUCGUCCAGUACUCCAGUUCCAGACUUCCAGUCCCCAACUCCAAUCCACCCCGCCGCCUCUCCAAUUUCUAAUCCCCCAAGGCGAAGCAGCAAUCGAAACAUCCAGAGGCCUCCAUCCUCACCCAUUUCCGCUGAUUCACUUUGGGAGGCGAGGCGAUGCCCUCGAGGAGCAAGCGCAACCGACUCGGCCUCGACGGCGAGGACGAGGAGGAAGAGGAGAUCGCCGCUACCUCAUCUGACCCCGACGACUCGGAGUCGGAGGCGGAGCGCGGGGCCGAGGCGGAUGACGGCGACGACGAAUACGUGGGGGAAAGGAGUGACGCGGGCGGCGGCGACGAAGCGGAGGAACGAGGCAGCAGCGACAGCGGCGAUGGGGGCGGCCCCGGCGACGGCGGGAAGCCACUUCGGAGCGGGAGGCGUGGGGUGAUGGCUCCCGAUAGGGAGAGGAAAUCACAGAAUGUCGAUGCUCUGGUCAGGGGUAACCUGGUUGUAAGGAGGCAGCCACUCAUUCCACGUAUCCUUUCAGUUUCUGAUGCGGCAGCAAUAGCUCGAAAGCCAUUCAAACCUCCAUGCCAAAAUGGAUAUAGUAAGAAUAAUGAGCAUCUUGCUCGUCGCCUUUCAGCUCGUAAAAGAUUUGUCCCGUGGGGUUCGACACAGGCAUUUGCAGUUACACAUAAUCUUCCACAACCACAUGCUGUUACUAGUGUUAGUUCAUCAGAAAAGGAGGAACCUCUUCCACCUGGCAUAGAGCCAUUGGUUUUGUGGCAACGUGAGGAAUGUGACAAGGAAAACUGCAAUGCUUCUGUGAUCGAAGUUGAUCACUUGCUUGUACGUUACCUCCGACCGCAUCAAAGGGAAGGAGUUCAGUUUAUGUUUGAUUGUGUCUCUGGGUCGUUGAGUGAUGAUGGUAUUUCUGGUUGCAUUUUAGCUGAUGAUAUGGGAUUGGGGAAGACUCUACAGUCAAUAACUUUACUAUAUACCCUUCUUUAUCAAGGCUUUGAUGAUAAGCCAAUGGUUAAAAGGGCUGUGAUUGUAACCCCCACAAGCUUAGUUAGCAAUUGGGAAUCUGAGAUAAUUAAGUGGUUAAAAGGCAGAGUGCAGCUGCUUGCCCUCUGUGAAAGCACACGUGCUGAUGUUCUUUCCGGCAUAGAAAGUUUCUUAAAACCCUUGAGCCGUCUUCAGGUACUUAUCAUAUCUUAUGAGACGUUCCGCAUGCAUUCUUCAAAAUUUGAAAGACCGGGCAGCUGUGACCUUCUGAUAUGCGAUGAGGCCCACAGGCUGAAAAAUGAUCAGACACUGACAAAUAAGGCAUUGGCUUCCCUUCCUUGUACACGGCGCAUCCUCUUGUCAGGUACCCCAAUGCAGAAUGAUUUGGAAGAAUUCUUUUCAAUGGUGAAUUUCACAAAUCCAGGGGUUUUGGGGGACGCUUCAUAUUUUCGUCGAUAUUACGAAGCACCGAUCAUAUGUGGAAGAGAACCCAACGCAAGUGCAGAAGAAAAGAAGUUGGGAUCUGAGAGAUCUGCAGAGCUUAGUGCAAAAGUAAAUCAGUUUAUACUGAGACGAACAAAUGCCCUGUUAUCCAAUCACUUGCCUCCAAAGAUUGUUGAAGUUGUGUGCUGCAAGCUGACUCCUUUGCAGACAACACUGUACAACCACUUCAUCCAUUCCAAAAAUGUUAAACGCCUGAUAUCCGAAGAAACAAAGCAAUCCAAAAUUCUGGCAUAUAUUACUGCACUUAAGAAAUUAUGCAACCAUCCAAAGCUGAUCUACGACACCAUAAAAAGUAACAAUUCAAGUGGCUCUGGUUUUGAAGAUUGUCUGCGCUUUUUUCCACCGGAACUGUUUUCAGGAAGAUCUGGAUCAUGGACUGGUGGAGGAGGAAUGUGGGUAGAACUAUCUGGAAAAAUGCAUGUAUUGGCAAGAUUACUGGGCCACCUGCGUCACAAAACUGAUGAUCGUAUUGUCCUUGUAUCAAAUUAUACUCAGACAUUAGAUCUAUUUGUUCAAUUAUGUCGGGAAAGAAGGUACCCAUAUGUUAGACUUGAUGGAGCAACAUCCAUCAGUAAAAGGCAAAAGCUGGUGAACCAAUUCAAUGAUCUAUCUAGGGAUGAGUUUGUCUUUCUACUUAGUAGCAAGGCAGGUGGUUGUGGGCUUAAUUUGGUAGGAGGAAAUCGCUUGGUUCUCUUUGACCCUGAUUGGAACCCUGCCAAUGAUAAGCAGGCUGCUGCUCGAGUAUGGAGGGAUGGACAAAAAAAGAGAGUCUACAUUUAUAGGUUCUUAAGCACAGGAACCAUUGAAGAGAAGGUAUAUCAACGUCAAAUGUCAAAGGAAGGCCUACAAAAAGUUAUUCAGCAGGAGCAAACAGACAACAAAAUGCAGGGAAGUUCUCUUUCAACAGAAGACCUGCGUGAUCUUUUUACUUUUCAUGAACAAGUCAGGUCUGAAAUACAUGAAAAUUUGAAGUGUAGCCGCUGUAACAAGGAUGGAAAUUCGCUUUUGGGUGGUAAUGAUUUUGAUUUAGCAGCCACUGAGCAUAAGCCUUCAAUGCCAGGAGUGCAAGAUUAUAUUGAUAUUGGUGGGUUUGGAGAGAUAUCUGGAUGUUUGCAGAUAAUGGAUAGCUCACAUCAUCAGAUUGGAAGACCGUCUGAAGAAGAUUUAGGAAGUUGGGGACAUCACUGUGAUCCAUCAACUGUACCUGAUACUAUACUGCAGUGUUCUGCUGGUAGUGAGGUUUCUUUCGUUUUCACCAAUCAGGUUGAUGGAAAACUUGUUCCGGUUGAAUCAGUGGCACGAUCAGCACCUCAUCAACUAAAUGGAAUAGCAGCUCAUGGAGACAAGGAAGUGGGGAAAACCAAUUCUCCUAGUAAACCCAGAAAACAAUCCUUACUUGGCAAGAAUUUGAAGAUGAUGGGAUUUAAUUUAAAGAAUUCAUCUUUGAAAUGUCCAACUAGGUCCAGAACUGCAUCACCAAAUUGCUUGCAACAGUUGAAGAAAACCAGCCCCACUUUAGAACAGCCUCAAGCUAAAAAGCUUCAUGUUGCUUCUGAUAUGUCUGAUGAUGACUUUGUUUGAAUCAGAACUCAAAUCUCCGUAUAUAACGUCAUAUGUUGAUCUGCUGUGUUGUUUUUAAAAGCUGUCAUCUGCUUUGUAAAUACUACAUGCAAGCUGGUGAGAUAACUAGUCAUUUGAAGGAAUUUUCUCAUGUGCUCUCAUCACUUUGCAGUAUUUCUUAAAAUUUCAUUUCAAGCGGAAGGGCCAGAAGCCCAAUCCUUGUACCAUAUUUCCGUAAAAAGGAUUAAAGGUAGGAGUCAGGAUCACAAUGAGGCCGGUCUUCAUUCCCAUCCCUCACAUGUGCAGUCACAAUGGUUAAAUACAUACUGGAAGAAAAGAAUUGGUGUUGUUCAUGUGCUCACAUGGGUUCUCUAGAUCUUAAGAGCUUUGCCUAAGCUCUGUCGGUUUGACCAUUAUGAGGUAUUUCCAGGUCUUCAUGCAAGCUAACUCGUGAGAGUCCCUUGAUAGACUAUUCUCUACUUGCUGCAGGGUUUAAUUUCACUUGAGAUGAUCCAGGACUUCUGAGAGAAGAAUGCUCUUUUUUCCCCUUUUUUUUUUGGCCUUCUUGUAGGGACUGGGUGCAGAAUCUCAUUCCAGAUUAUGCUGAAAAAUAUGGACAUGUGUUCUCCCCAUUCCACUAUUACCUCGUGAUUUGGGGUUAGACACUAAGGGGUAUAGUUUUAUUAAGCUUUGCACAUGUUCUGUUCCAAAAUUACUGCAUCAGAACAGUACUAAUGUCCUAGCUCCUAAUGGAAAUUGAAUUUGUUAUGAGGGAAUGGAAGCAAGUGCUAAAUUUGAAAAGUUUCUCAAGGUACAUCUGAUCAUUAUAUUGGCACUAAAAGGAAGAGAUGGUAGAGUUGGGGUAUGUCAACCUUAUGAUCUAUUGCCAUAUGGUACAUUGCGAAUAAGGGUGCUUAACAUAUGAUCCUUCAGACUGGUGGACAAAUUAAAUUACGUAUGCUUUUUAUGACUAGAAGGGUAGUGCCACCACUUUGUAACACUGCAUAACUGAAUCUUGAGCUCCGGUUUAAAAAAUAACAAGAACCCUACUUGAGUUGGAACUCUGUUUUUCUGACUUUUAUUGGAGCAACCUAAUUCUCUUGUUCAGCAUAAUAAUCAUGUUUCCUGCAGUAUAUUUUUGCGAAAUAUGUUUCAUGUCACAUGAUACUAUCAUACUAGUGUAAAUUUAUGAACAACAAUGUUAAUCUCUUUGUCCUGCUGCCAGUCAAUUUGCCAUUCAGACAGUACAGCACUUCAGCAUUUACCAUGUGUGCAAUUUUUUCUGAACCAGAAAAGAAUUAUCUACUUUAAGUUACCAUAAGUUCUGAUGUGAAGUAUAACCAUGAAAUCACAGUGGUGUUUAAAAUGGUCCUAUUUCCAAUAGGGGUGCUGUCGUGAUUUAUUACAAAUAGGACCCAACAUUACAAUGGAACAAGAUCUCUUUGACUGGUCCGUUGUCACCUGGUGGCACAAGACCAAGGACUUGUGUUAUCAUUGCCUGGUCAUAGAGGUGGAACCAAAAUGGGGAGGAUUCUUGGGGAUCACAUGGUCCUAUUCCGAGAGGUCGAUGUCGCCAGCUCACCAUGGCUAAUAACAAACCGGUCUAGUGUCAGUCUAAUGAUUUUGUCACCAACCUCCCCUUUGCUUGUGCUCAGCUCAUUGCCUGAUUAUACCUCCGGACAUUGUUAAGCUAGAUUUUUUCCCCAUAAUUGUGCUCGUAUUCAUUUUACUAUAGCCGUGAUUUCUUCCUGAUCUCCGAUGAUUCAAAUCGUGGACACUGCAGAAUUGCAGUUUCCAUUUAUUUUA